UAGACAUCCGGACGCAGAAGAUUUUGUGAAGUUGAGGAAGGAGGAAGUUGCUGGAUUGUAAAGAUAUUUUUUCCACAUAAUCUAUCUGGUAGUUAUGCUGGGAAAAAGUGUUUUGGUGCUUUGGGUUUUACUGUUUGACAUAGUAGAUCUAAAUUCUAACAAAUGCCCAGUGGGAAACAAUACAGAAAGAUGCUGUACUGGUUAUAGAAAAAUAAAUGGCAGUUGCGCAGCGUGUAUUGGAUUCUUUGGAGAUAAUUGCCUAAUACCAUGUCCUAAUGGCUUUUAUGGUAGGAAGUGUGAGGAAAUUUGCAACUGUACUACGGAGCAAUAUUGCAACCAAUAUGUCGGAUGUCUGCCACAUAUGACCAAGAAGAAUUUUUCACUUUCAACGCAAUCAUCCACACAGGUAAACACGAGCAUCGAUAAAGAGGACAUAGAAGAUUGGAUCGACUGCGAGACUUUAACUGUGGUCUUUUAUGUCCUCUGCGGUUCUCUGGCGUUUGUCAUCCUUUCCUGCGUUGUGACUUUCUGUUGGUGGAGGUGUUCAAAAACUUCUCAACAGAAUUCAGGAUGCGACAAAUUUCCAGACUCGGCAAACCGAAAUGAAAAUCCGAGUGUACGAAUGAGAAAUGGAGACUCUGUAAAUCUGGACCAUCUUUCUCGAUCACGUGACUCGAACACACUCUCUAAUCACUACGACCGGUGCCAGUUCACCAGAGGAGAAAUAAUAAACAAUCCUCCGGGAGAAUAUAGUGUGUGUGGCUUGAACAAUAAAGAACAUUUUGGCAGCUGUGAAUCGAAUAACAUUUUCAGUUUUAAAAAUAAUGCAACGACAGUUUCUGAACCCGAGUUUGCUGCACAUAAUAUGGGAUCUCACUGUCCCUCGAUUAAUGCACCAUCCACAUCUACUCAUCCCACGAGGCCAUACAGUUUAGUGAAACAAGAUAGAGAAGAUGCAGACAAAAGUUUCAAUUUCGCUUCCGCUGAAGCAGGAUCCAAAGAUGACGAUGGAUACCACAGACUUAUUCCACUGUAAUGAAGUUCAAUGUACCUACAACCAUUUCAUAUCAAACCAGACAUUUUUACGUUCAUUAUAUCUUAUCUAUAGUACGAUCUAUAAGAGUGGUAUAUUGAUAUUUAAAUCCUCCAUGUCUUUGCAGUACAGUAGGAUUACAUGUAAAAUUAGCUAUGAAACUCCUGCUCAUAUGUCUGUCGAUGUCUCUUUCAUCAAAAUUAAAAUUACAGAUACAUGUAUGCGAGAUUUUGAAUAGUAGAAUCAUAGAGGGGAGAACUUGGUAUGGUACACUCAUUUUUGUCAUGCAAUUGUGCCUUCAGGAUUAUUAACACACAAUACUGGCUUUCUUCAAUUAAGGUGAAGAUAACGAACAGUGAUCAAUAUCAUAACUCCUAUAAGCAAUACAAAAUAGAGAGUUAGGCAAACACUGACCCCUGGAUAUACCAGAGGUAUGAUCAGGUGCCUAGGAGGAGUAAGCAUCCCCUGUCGACCGGUCACACCCGCCGUGAAUCCUAUAUUCCGAUCAGGUAAACGGAGUUAUCCAGGUGAUAUGCAGGUUCUAAAAAGCACGUAGUAUCCUUUUUCAAAGUAAGGGUGAGUUAACUUCACAUUGUCUGAAAAUUCAUCACAAACUCCCACCCCACUCUAAAAAAAACCUUGAAUUCGUAGUUCUGUCUAAACCUCAGCAUCCAAAAUUGAGGAGAGCGGCGGUGAGGGGACAAAAGAUCAAUCCUUCAGUACACGGCUUCAUUAAUCGGUUCAAGCCUUCAAUUACCAUUCAUCAAUGAUAUGAAAUGGGGACAACCAGUCAUUAAAUUCAAUUUUGCUUUUAAAAGUAACGGACUUUGCAUAUACACAAUAAGUAUGACAGAAAAUGCACAUUGUCAGAUUGGGGGUGACUGUGUCAGAUUGGGGUGACUGUCAGAUUGGGGGCGAUUGUGUCAGAUUGGGGUGACUGUCAGAUUGGGGGUGACUGUGUCAGAUUGGGAAUGACUGUGUCAGAUUGGGGGUGACUGUGUCAGAUUGGGGAUAACUGUAUCAGAUUGGGGGUGACUGUGUCAGAUUGGGGGUGGUUGUGUCAGAUUGGGGAUAACUGUAUCAGAUUGGGGGUGACUGUGCCAGAUUGGGGGUGACUGUGUCAGAUUGGGGAUAACUGUAUCAGAUUGGGGGUGACUGUGCCACAUUGGGAGUGACUGUGUCAGGUUGGGGGUGGUUGUGUCAGCAUCCCCUUCCCCUCUUGCUACAUGUCUGCUGCAUUCAAACACGAGGAAACAUGUGCAUAAUAUUUACUAUGUGACAGAUACAGAGUUCACGUGUGAUGAUUCGUAUCUCUUGAGGUGUGCAAGGUUCAUUAUCCAGAUGUACCACAUGCGCACGCACACACUAUACUGCACUGUUGGUUUAGACAGCGCUACCUGUAUAACAGUCUUAUUCUGAUGUAUGAAUUUAGCAAAGCGGUUAACAAAUAACGUACACUGUUCUUGUUAGUUAGUUUAUUGAAACCUUGAGAAACAUCUCAUUGGUAUGGUACAGUUAUAUAAUAAUCAAGUAACAAUAUACUAGUGAGUAUAACGAUGUGAAAAGAAUCAUUUGACCAAAUAUGGAGGAUGGACAAGCAUAAUUAUAAUAUCUUAUAAGUUUCUUAGGCUCAGUGCCUUUAUCAAAAGCCUUGCUAAAUUACAUAAUGCUUUUCUGUUAUUGAGAAAAGUUGCACAAGUUUGAACAUGAAUGGUCGAGUAAAAUAAUAUCGUUUGAUGUAUGUUUUUCGUAAACUUUGAUUUCCGUAAAUUAGUAUUUUUUAUUAAUAUAUUUUUCUGUGAAUAUUUGUAAAUAAAUUAUUAACUUUU